AUGGCGGUGCCUGACAAGGGAAAGAAACCCAGGCUCGAUGAGGAGCAAUACUCUUGCCUUUCCCCUGAUCCCAAUGUUAGUCUCUGUAUCGAUCAGUUGCGGGAGGUUCAGGCUGAACUUGACAAGGUUGUCAUCUACACUGCUGGCUCUGUUGAAUGGAAUUUGAUUAUGACUGAAGAAGCUACUGACAACAUGGAAGUUCAUGACAACUUUAGUGAUUUGAGCAAGCCUAUUUAUGAGAAGAGGAAUGAGCUUAUCAAAUCUAUACCUGACUUCUGGUUGAAUGCCGUGGGUGGCCUUCCUGAAUUAUCUACUUGCUGUUAUGUCGACAAAUGA